GGGGGGGGAAGAGUAGAGUCGGGAAACGGGGAGUGCCACCGGUAACCGGUCUACAGGGAGGUGGAAAAAGAGGAAGAAGUGCUGCUGGAAGAGGAUAAUUCGGAGGGUUGAAAGGAAACCCUUGAGAAAGAGAGAGUACCCGCAGAAGAAGAAGAAGUUAAAGAAGAAGAAGAAUAAAAUGGGCUGCAACACGAGCAAGGAAAGCGUCCAGCCAGGUGCUGAAGAAGCAAAAGAGGACGUCAAGAAUGGAGAUAUUCCAAAAGUAAGCGAAACAGAAAACAGUCCGAAAGAAAGAUCGGAGGAGACUUCUAAGGAAGAUAAGACAGAAGAUAAGAAAGAGGAAGAAAACAGAGAAAAAUUGGAAGAAAAAGAAGAAGAGGACCUUUCGGACAAGCAUAAAAUUGAAGCUGCUACAAGGAUACAGGCAGCAUUUCGUGGACAUCACGCGAGAAAGAGUAUGAAAGAGACUGAUACCUCGAAACAACAAACGGGGACCAACGAAACAGAAUCCGAGCCGACCAAGGAACAAUUGCAACAGGAAUUCCGUUCCGACGAUAAAGAACUGUGCAACGCAGCAACAAAGAUACAAGCAUCUUUCCGUGGCCACAUGUCGAGAAAAGAGCAAGCCGCAUCAGCUCUCGUCAAAACGGCGGGAGAAAUUGUUGAAAAUGCUGCUUCCAAAAUAGAGAAAAAGGUGGAGGAUGCUGUUAACGAAUUAGAAGGUAUAGAUCUAACGGAUCCGGAUUUGCACAAGGCAGCAACAAAAAUUCAAGCGAGCUUCCGAGGCCACAAGGUUCGCCAAGAGGUGUCAGUGGCUCCUAACACCGAAGGCGAGGAUAAGAAAUAAGAUGGCGGCCGGGUGCGUCGUCCAUCUUGGGAAGAGGACCGAAAGUGAUUUUUUCAAAUUAUAUUCCCAGAGAGCAAAGAGGGAGGAGGAGGAGGCUGCUAGUUCCUCGAGAAAAACAAAAGAAAACAAAAAAGAAAAAAGGAGAGAGAAAUAAUAAUAGAUAAAGAAGAGAAUGAUGAUGAUGAUGAGGAGGAGGAGGAGGAGAAAGAAACAGAAGGGGAGGAAGAAGGGGGACAAAAAAUAUCAAGUUACAAGAUAUCUUCCUUCGGACGAAACGAGGACGACAAAUGACCGGAUCAUUACGCGAAUGCCGAAUUAGUUUUCAUUUCCUAAUUUCCUUUCUUCUAUUUCCUCCAUCCCCUUCUUUUCUUUACUUUUCUUUUCUUUUCUCUUCUUUUGUUAGUUAUUCUUCGCUCGGUUCAAAUCGCAAAAGUUCGAAAAAUUCAAUUUCUUUCCGUAACAAAUUUUCUAACUUUACCAGAAAAAAAAAAAAGAGAAGAAAAGAAAAAUUCGAUUACUCAUCGUCGUCGGGGAGAUUACUCAAACGAUCGAAAGAGAAAUUUAUUCGAGAUAAGUGAAAUGGAAUAAUCGAUGACAACAGACAAAAUUUCAAGCUCCUCUUUUUCAUAUUUAUUACCGAAAUGAGAAAAAAAAAAAA